AGCUACAAGUGGGAAGAUACAGAACACAUAAGAACAGAGAGACAACACAGCCAUGAAUGUCUAAUGCUGGAGAUCUGAACAAUCAUGCUGCUCUUCUUCUCUGUUUUCAUGGCUGUUUCCAGUUUUGGAGAAACUGCUGACAUCAUCAAACAGAACCAAACCAGCAUGUUAUUGAGUGAAGGCAGCAACGCCACACUGUCCUGCACAUAUGAUGGAUAUGUUAACAGUCUCCACUGGUAUCAGCAAAAGCCUGGAUCAAGACCAGAGUUCCUGCUGCUGAUCAUGGAAUCCAAUCGACACAUAACUAAGGCUGAAACACUUGAUGACUACAGCACCAGCAACGUGAACAGGCUUUAUUGGUAUCGCCAGUAUCCCUCAUCUGAACUGGACUACCUACUAUACAUAUUUGAAUCAUGGAGUUUGAGUGACCCUCUACUACCUGGCUUCUCUGCUAAGGUUCAGAAUAAAAGAGUGGAUCUCUUGAUUUCCUCUGCUAAAUCAUCAGACUCUGCACUCAACUACUGUGCUCUGGAGCCCACAUUGAAGUAUGAUGUACGUAAGGACUUCUAUGAGUAUAAUCACAAACACCAUUUUAUCAAAGGUAUGGAUCUAGUGCUCCUGGGAAUUAUCUGCACUGGUAUCGUCAGUAUCCUGGAUCCAGACCAGAGUAUGGAUCUAGUGCUACUGACAACUAUCUGUACUGGUAUCGUCAGUAUCCUGGAUCCAGACCAGAAUCCACUGAAAAAUGUGCACACUGAAACCACCAUGAUGUUUCUCUGCUCUCUGACUGUCUUCAUCAUCAUGCUAAACAGCUGUGUUUCACAGUCAAUAGCACCACUGGAUGACAAAGUAUUGAUUCAUGCUCAUGAAGAUGAGACAGUUACUCUCUCCUGCAAGUAUAAUUCUAGUGGCACUGGGAACUACCUGCACUGGUACCGUCAGUAUCCUGGAUCCAGACCAGAGUGCUCUCUGACUGUCUUUAUCAUUAUGAUAGAGAGCUGUGUGUCACAGUCAAUAUCUCCACUGGAGAACAAAGUGCUGGUUCAUGCUCUUGAAGAUAAGACAGUUACUCUCUCCUGCAAGUAUGAAUACAGUGGCGAUGUGAACAGUCUGCAGUGGUAUCGUCAGUAUCCUGGAUCCAGACCAGAGUAUUUACUGAUGAUAAUUCCAACAACAAAAGCUGUGAGCCAUGCAACCCCACCUUUCCCACGACUGAAUGCUACAGAACAUAACAAAACAGUGGAUCUGAUCAUCUCCUCUGCUGAAGUAUCAGACUCUGCACUCUACUACUGCGCCCUGCAGCCCACAGUGACAGGAAACCCAGCUACACUGUACAAAAACAUUUUGCAUCACUCAUGCAGAGUCACAUUUGUUGGGGAAGCUGUUUGUCUUCAUCUCAUACAUAGGGACUACAUAACACAUGCAUAAGCACUGAAUAUCAUGUUAAUAAAGCAAUAUUUGAGUACUUAUGAUAUUAGCUCAUGUCUGCUAAUAUUUGCAAGAUGA